UGGUGCUGCCGACCCCGCCCUCCGCCCCUUCCCUCCCCCCCAGCCCUCCGGUCCCUGCCUCGGGGCUCGCUGCGUCCCAGCUCCGGCCGGUCCCCGGCGCCAGCAUGUCCCGCUCCGACGAGGUCAACCGGCUCACGGAGAGUGUCUAUAGGGUGAUUCUGGACCAGUUCAACCCCAGCCUGAGGAGUUUUGUCACGAUGGGGAAGAGUUACCAACGAGCACUCUCAGGGGUGACCGUAGCGGCCAAGGGUUAUUUCGACGCCCUGGUGAAGCUGGGGGAAUUGGCCAGCGACAGCCAAGGGUCCAAGGAACUGGGGGACACCCUGUUCCAGAUGGCCGAGGUGCAUCGCCAGAUCCAGGUGCAGCUGGAGGAAACGCUGAAGCUUUUCCACUCGGAGCUGCUGGCCCAGCUGGAGCAGAAACUGGAGCUAGAUGUGAAGUACCUGCUGGCCACCCUGAAGAAGUACCAGAGUGAGCACCGGGCCAAGGCGGAGGCCAUUGAGAAGUGCCAGGCCGAGCUGAAGAAACUGCGCAAGAAAUGUCAGAACAGCAAGAACCCCCAGAAAUACGGGGACCGCGAGGUGCAGUACGUAGAGGUGAUGAGUGCCAAGCAGAGCGAGCUGGACCGUUUUGUGGCGGAGGGAUACAAGGCUGCUCUGACCGAGGAGCGUCGGCGAUACUCAUUCCUGGUGGAUCGCCAGUGCGCUGUGUCCAAGCACUUCAGUGCCUAUUAUGCCAAGGUGAAGGAGCUGCUGGGGGCCAAGCUGCCCGGCUGGCAGCAGUCCUGCGUCCAGCCCACCCGCCUGCCUGACCGCGCUCUGGCCCUGGUGAAGCAGACGGCCAACAGCCCUGCCGCGCCCGCCAUCUCCGACCCGCUACCCGCCCCCCAGCCCCUGGAGGUGCCCCCCGAGCUGGCACCCCUGCUGGGGGGCGGGGGGCUGGCCCUCAACCACCGCGUCUCACUGCAGGAAGCGACUCCGCUCCCCAACGGCGACUCUCACCGCACCCGGGGCUCCCGUGACCUGGGGCACCCGCCCGCCAGCGAGCCCCUCACCGUCCCGCUAGGCCUGCCGGCCCUGCAGCCCGCACCAGCCAUGCAGACCCCCCCUCCGCCCAGGGCCAGCGAUGGCUACUCCUGUACCCUGCCCAUCCCCCGCAAAGCCUCUGCGGAGACCCGCCUCGCCACGCUCACAGAGAACAGGACCCUGCCGCGGGUCGGGGCGCUGGCCGAGCGGCGCCGGGUCCAGGCCGUGUUCUCCCACGCGGCCGGCGACAGCAGCACCCUGCUCACCUUCCAGGAGGGCGACGUCAUCGCGCUGCUGGUGGCCGAGGCCCGGGACGGCUGGCACUACGGGGAGAAUGAGGCCACCUGCAUGAAAGGCUGGUUCCCUUUCUCGUACACCCGUCCCGUCCCCCCUGCCGAGAGCCCCGAGAAACCCCACGGCAGUUUUCCCCUGAGCAAACUCAACAGCAGCAGCACGGGGACCCUGGACAAAGUGGGGUGCAUGGCCCCCAGCCCGGAGGGGGGUCACGGGGGGGCCACCUUGCGCUAUGCCCCCUCCCCCCGCUCCAGCACCUUCCGCCAGCGCCCCUAUAGCAUGAUGAACCCUGAUCUGUCACAGUUAGCGAACGAAUUUGGGAGCCCCCCGAACUCCUCCCCAUCCAGGUCUAACCCCUUCGCUCACGUCAGGCUGAAACGGACGGUGACCAACGACCGCUCGGCCCCGCUGAUCCAGUGAGGCCCCGGGCACCCGCCGAUCGCCCCCUGGGGGAGAGAUGCCAGGAGCCCCCCGCUCGGGAAGGACUGGGGAACUGGCGGGGGGCCUCCCCCCUAUGCAGCCCGCAGCUCCGUCUAGUGGCUGCUUUGCAGAAGAGCAUCUCAACAGCCGGGCUCGGGCCGUAUCACGCAGCGGGAGGGUUCGGGGUUCGAAUCCUGCCGGCGAUGCCUGGAGUGGGGGGAGCAGGAAUGGAGCUGGGCCCCGGGGAGCCACAGGGUGGGGGAAAGGAGGGGGAGAGGCUGCCCCCCGAGAUAGAAAUGCCUCCUGAGGGCUCUGCUAUGGGUUACGUGUGUAUCUGUCCGUCCCCCCUUGCACCCCUCUGUCAUCUCCCUACACACAUCCAUCCCCUCCGCACUCCUCUGUCUGCCCCCAGGCCCCCCUCUAUCCGUCUGUCCUGUGCACACAUCCGUUCCCCUGCCCACCCCUCUACCCAUCGGUCCCAGCUCCCCCAGGGGGGCUGCUACGCCCUAGCAUUUCACCAGGCCUUUGGAGGAGCCCGAGGCCCCGCCCUUCCCCCCUGGGCUCCAGCCCCCCUGCUUCCCCCUGGGAGCUCUGCCCAGCCGACCCGCCAGAGCCAGCCGCCUGGGGGAAGCCCCUCACCCCCUGCAGGGCCCCCCGGUAGCGCUGCCCGGAUGUGGGGAGCCCAGAGGUUCGCCAUCCACCACUGCCUCGGGCCAUUGUCCCUGCUGGGUUCCCGGCCGGAGCGUCCCCUCCCCAGGGGGGUGAAUUGCCCCACGGCAGGUGGCAUGUAACCGGGGCAGGUGGCUAACGGAAGGCCGGUUUUUAAGCCCGGCUUCCGUGCCAGGCCAACGGGGUGAAACUCGAGGGCAGAGCAGAAGGCGUCCAGAGGUGGGUGAAGGCGGGUCGGUGGGGAAGGGAAAUCCCUGUCUCGCCCAGCGGCUGGAAUCCGAGGGGGCAACCGACGUGUGGCCAAGGGGGUGGGUGGGUCUAGCAUCCUUGAACAAGGCUCUGAAGCAAAGCCGGCCGGGCCCAGGGGGAAGGGGGUGGUUAAAAGACAGGGGACAAAGGGGAAAGGGACAGUUUUCAGACCGGAGAGCGGUAGAUGGGGGGGGGGGGGGGCCCUAGGGUCUGGGCUGGGCAGCGUACUCAGAAAGGCAAACAGGGUGAACGCUGAGCAAACGCAGACGAGACAAACUGAUUCCGGCUCAUUAAGUCCAAAGCGCCCGGCGAAGAGCCCCCAAAAGAUCUCCUCAAACAGGGGGACUGGGCCAUGAAACGUGGGGUUGAGAAACAUGACGCUGGAAACCGUCAUCCCAGCCGGACCUACGCCAGGAAGGGAUCUAGAUGAGCAGGUACCACCCGAGACCGAGAUGGCGGAGUCGGGAUCGUUCGCUGCAAACGGCAGGUAACAGGAGGUUAGGAACCGUGAGGAAACGGGGGAAGAAUUGGACAGACAACACCCUAGUGCCGCUCUAUCAACCCAGGGCGCGCCCACCCCUUGAGUACGGCGGGCGGUUCGGGUCGCCCCAGCUCCAAACAGAGCUGUUGGCGUUGGGAAAGGUGUGGAGAAGGUCAGAGAAAUGAUGCGGGAGUGGAACAGCUUCUGCUGAGGAGAGACGAAAAGGACGGACACCGUUCAGAGACGGCGAAGGGGGAUGUGAGAGAGGGCUGUGAAAUCGGGACGGGGAUGGAGACGGGGAACGGGGAAGUGCUAGUGACCCCUUCACGUGAGGUGAGAACCAGGGCUCAGCCGAUGAAAUGAAAACAAACCGACGGCAGCACCGUCAACCUGAGGAACUCCCUGCCGGGGGAUGCUGGGAAGGGCGAAAGUCGAACGGGGUUCGAGAGUGGGUCCAGCACUGGUGGUCACGGGGGCAACCCAGGCUCUGGGUGUCCCUAAACCUCUGCCUGCCCGAAGCCGAGAGCGGCCGAUGGGGGCGCUCAUGCGACAGUCGCCCUGUUCUGUUCAUUCUCCGUGACACAGUGGGCCCUGGCCACUGGCGGCGACAAGCCACUGGGCCGGCGGGACCCUUGGUUGGCCCCAGCGCGACUGUUCUUCCCUGGUCCUCGGGGGCCCGUUGGCUGUGUGGUUCCUCCGUCAAUCAGGGUCGCUUCCAACUGCCCCUUUAACACCCUGUUCAUCCCACCCCCCGCGGUCCAUGGCCCCACCCCAUGGCGCCAGCUCUGUCCCGAGAGCAGCUUUGUAACCCUUCAGCCACCACAGGGGAGCCGCGCAAAUCACAGAGGGAAACUGAGGCAAACAUGGGCCUCAAAAAUAUUACAGCAAAUUUCCACUUCCUCAUGCCAUCCAUCAAUAUGAUUUUAGGUAUGCGUCCAUCCAUCCCUCCACAUCCCCUCUAUCCAUCCAUCCAGCCCCCAAGCCCUGUAUCUAUCCAUCCAUCUUCCCGCCUUACCCCUCCAUCCAUCCCCCAAGCCCUGUAUCUAUCCAUCUUCCUCCCGUACCCCCUCUAUUCAUCCAUCCCCCAAGUCCUGUAUCCAUCCAUCUUCCCCCUGUACCCCCUCUAUCCAUCCCCCAACCCCUCUGUCUAUCCACCUGUUCAUCCCCUGCCCCUCUCUCCAUCCAUCCAUCUUCCCCCAGACCUCCUGUAUAUAUCUAACCAGCCAUCCCCCAACCUCUGUAUCUAUCUAUCCAUCCCUUCUUCCACACCCCCUCUAGCCAUCUUCCCCCAUCCAUCCCCCAACCUCUGUAUCUAUCUAUCCAUUCCUUCUUCCACACCCCCUCUAUCCAUCUUCCCCCAUCCAUCCCCCAACCUCUGUAUCUAUCUAUCCAUCCCUUCUUCCACACCCCCUCUAUCCAUCUUCCCCCCAUCCAUCCCCCAACCUCUGUAUCUAUCCAUCCAUCCCUUCUUCCACACCCCCUCUAGCCAUCUUCCCCCAUCCAUCCCCCAACCUCUGUAUCUAUCUAUCCAUUCCUUCUUCCACACCCCCUCUAGCCAUCUUCCCCCCAUCCAUCCCCCAACCUCUGUAUCUAUCCAUCCAUCCCUUCUUCCACACCCCCUCUAGCCAUCUUCCCCCAUCCAUCCCCCAACCUCUGUAUCUAUCUAUCCAUCCCUUCUUCCACACCCCCUCUAUCCAUCUUCCCCCCAUCCAUCCCCCAACCUCUGUAUCUAUCCAUCCAUCCCUUCUUCCACCCCCCUCUAGCCAUCCCUCCCAGCACACCCCGAACAGCUGUCUGUCUGUCCACCACCCAUAGCUCUGUCCAUUAUGUGUCCACCUUUGCUCUAUGUCUAGCCCUCUCCUGCUGACACAAGUUGCCUGGGGUGGGAACAACCCCGGACACCCUGAAAAGUGCCUUGUCUGUCCCCAGCCCCCCAGCUGGGCUACCUGCGGGGGGUGCGCUGAACUCUAUGACCCCUCUUCUCUCCCCCACCCCGCCAGACUAUGGCUGGAGGAUGCUGUAUUCAGAACUGCAUCAAAUAGAACCAUGGAUGCCCCCCCCCAGGGGAGUGCAGCACCCUCUGCUGGGCACAUGGGGGGGGCAGCACCAGGCUGUGAGCUGGGGGGGGGGAGGGCUCUGUUACAGCCUUGAUGUGACGGUGGGAAUUACACCUAGACUGAUACUAAACUGUGUGUGUGUGUGUGUGCAGCUGUCUGUGGCGCCCCCUGCUGGAGGGGCCGGGCCCUGCGCUGUGUGUGUCCCUGGCGCCCCCUGCUGGAGGGGCCGGGCCCUGCGCUCUGUGUGUGUCCCUGGCGCCCCCUGCUGGAGGGGCCGGGCCCUGCGCUCUGUGUGUGUCCCUGGCGCCCCCUGCUGGAGGGGCCGGGCCCUGCGCUCUGUGUGUGUCCCGGGCGCCCCCUGCUGGAGGGGCCGGGCCCUGCGCUCUGUGUGUGUCCCUGGCGCCCCCUGCUGGAGGGGCCGGGCCCUGCGCUGUGUGUGUGUCCCUGCGCCCCCUGCUGGAGGGGCCGGGCCCUGCGCUCUGUGUGUGUCCCUGGCGCCCCCUGCUGGAGGGGCCGGGCCCUGCGCUCUGUGUGUGUCCCUGGCGCCCCCUGCUGGAGGGGCCGGGCCCUGCGCUGUGUGUGUCCCUGGCGCCCCCUGCUGGAGGGGCCGGGCCCUGCGCUGUGUGUGUGUCCCUGGCGCCCCCUGCUGGAGGGGCCGGGCCCUGCGCUCUGUGUGUGUCCCUGGCGCCCCCUGCUGGAGGGGCCGGGCCCUGCGCUCUGUGUGUGUCCCUGGCGCCCCCUGCUGGAGGGGCCGGGCCCUGCGCUCUGUGUGUGUCCCUGGCGCCCCCUGCUGGAGGGGCCGGGCCCCGCGCUGGGUGUGUCCCUGGCGCCCCCUGCUGGAGGGGCCGGGCCCUGCACUGUGUGUGUCCCUGGCGCCUCCUGCUGGAGGGGCCGGGCCCUGCACUGUGUGUGCGUCCCUGGCGCCCCCUGCUGGAGUGGCCGGGCCCUGCGUUCUGGGUGGGUACGGGGGGCGAUGGGGCAAGCCCUUCUGUAGCUUGGACAAUGCUGCCUCUGACCCCAAUAUUAAUAAAAUUUAAUUUAAAUCCC